CACAACGCACAGUAAUCUAUACAUACACUUUCCUGUCCCCAUUCUUGUGGUUUUUCCCUCUUCCCGUAGUUUCAAUGGCUCGUACCAAGCAGACUGCCCGCAAGUCCACCGGAGGCAAGGCUCCGAGGAAGCAGCUCGCCACCAAGGCCGCCAGGAAAUCUGCCCCGGCGACCGGUGGAGUGAAGAAGCCUCACCGUUUCCGCCCCGGGACCGUUGCUCUGCGUGAGAUCCGAAAGUACCAGAAAUCCACCGAGCUCCUGAUCCGCAAGCUCCCGUUCCAGAGGCUGGUACGAGAAAUCGCUCAGGAUUUCAAGACGGAUCUCAGGUUCCAGAGCUCCGCUGUGGCGGCGCUGCAGGAGGCGGCGGAGGCUUAUUUGGUUGGACUGUUUGAGGACACUAACCUCUGCGCUAUUCACGCUAAGAGGGUGACUAUUAUGCCCAAGGACAUUCAACUUGCCAGGAGGAUCAGGGGCGAGCGGGCUUAGAUCGGGUUUGAUGUUUGGAUACGCAUUGGUGUAAAUUUAUUUCAGUGUAGGUUUUAGGGUUGUAAACUCUUGGUGUAGUUUUUCUCAGUUUCAAUGAAAUCUAUCUUGGUAAUUUUGUGAUUUCUAUAUGAAAUUUUCCUUUUAA